CGCGGCUCCUACACCAUCGGGCGGGAUGCGCAGGCGGACGCCAAGUUCCGGCGGGUGGCACGCAUCACCGUGUGCGGCAAGACGUCUCUGGCCAAGGAAGUGUUCGGGGACACCCUGAAUGAGAGCCGGGACCCCGACAGGCCCCCGGAACGCUACACUUCGCGCUAUUACCUCAAGUUUAACUUCCUGGAGCAGGCCUUUGACAAGCUGUCCGAGUCCGGCUUCCACAUGGUGGCGUGCAGCUCCACCGGCACCUGCGCCUUUGCCAGCAGUACCGACCAGAGCGAGGACAAGAUCUGGACCAGCUACACCGAGUACGUCUUCUGCAGGGAGUGAGCUCCUCAGACCCCUCGCGACUCCAGCGCCCACUUCCCCUCUUCCUUGCUGGGAUAACUAUAGCCCCCCCGCCCCGCCCUCGGUUCCCUGAUUCCUCCGGCCCCCUCCAGUAGUUCGGCCAGACUUGUCAGCCCCCACUGCAGAAUCUGCAGGCACAAAUUCUCUGGGCUUCGGCUUCUCUGGACCCUGCUAACGGAGGGCCCUCAGACCUAGUCCCCUUGCCAUCCUCCCUUAACUCCCGUCCUCAAAGCACCCUUCCCCACCGUUGUACUUCAGCCUGGAUCUAGUGGGGCAGCGUGGCCACAAAGUCACCAAAUACCUGGGAAUAAAUGAAUUGGAUGGUGUCCAGUGUGUAGAAGAUUUCUUGAAAUCUCCUCAAGCCUUUUUGACUCUUUCCCGUUUUAAGAGCUAGAAUUGAUAACACUAUCUGGGAUAGUGUUUUUUUUCUUUUUGUUUUUGUUUUUUAAAGAUCAUUACAGUUUCUUUAAAAGUAGAGUUUUAGAGACUGAAUGGAAGACUUCAAUACUGGAAUUAAGACCCCACGGAGGCAAUUCAGUGACUGUAAAUGAGUAAAGUUUUGAUGAAUUGGAGGUAGAAGACUAGUGCGGGUACAGUGAAAGAUUGGAUGUUUGGCACACAGAAUAGGUCUUCGCCUGUAGCUUAAACUUGUAGAAAGAGAAACUCCUGCUUGCGGGGGCGCCCUUUCUCUUUGGGUUUGUUCGGUGGGUUGAUUCGGCAGUCCUCAUGGGCAAGGAGAAAGGGCACUGGCUGCACCCUAAAAGGGCAGCCACCCAGGUCUCCAAUCGCUGCGGUGAGUCAGGUGGCAGUGACUAAAUGCAGCCGUGUGUUACUG